CACUUCCUGUUUUUUCCCCGUGUCAGCUUGUCUUCCGUGUCAUUAGUCAGAUUAUGUUCAGCCCUGUACUCACCUGUUUCCAAUCAUUGUCAUCAUUCAACCUGUGUAUUUAAGGUCCUCGGUUUCACCAGUUCUCUGUCGUGUCAUUGAUGUUGAUGUUCAUGUCGUCCCUCCGUCUGUAUGUUCAGUUAGUCAGCCAGCCAGUCUUUCAGCCAGCCACUCCAUCGUUCCUGCUUUGUUCAUUCACCCUCCAAUAAAUCCUCUUCACUUCUGCACCGUGAGUCCAGCGUUUGGGUCAUCUCUUCCACGCCUCCACACACAACCUCUGACAGAAUGACACGACCCGUGCCAAGAAGACACGCUUUUGACCCAGCGGACUCGGACCUUUACGAGCGGCAGGACGCAGCGCUCUCCAUUUGGGCGGAGAAGCUCAGGUGGAAACAGCGGCUCUUCUCAGAGAGGGAGCACGUCUUUGAGGGGACUCGUCUGGCUCUGGGCGGGCCUCGGAGACGCCGCGGUCCUCCACCUGCUGCCUCACCUGCAUCGGAGCGUUCGCCGCGGAGAGUGGGCGUCGCAGGCCAAGCUUCGGCCGCUCGCUCUCCCGCUGCUCCGCUCCUCGCUCGCCCGCCAGCCGUUUUACUCACCGGACCUUCAACCUCGCCAUGGCACAGCGGCUCCGCCUACCACCUCGGCUCAAUGGAGGCUCCCGUGCCAGAGGCUCGGCUGUGUACCCCGCCUGCUGUCUCUUCCCGAAGAAAGCGGCGCACACGCCGCCAUAAAACGGACUACUUUCAGCCACUCCCGAUGGUGAGCUCCAGUGACUGUUUUUCGCACUCACCAUCUGAUUACUCACUUGAAACGCACAAUGGACCCACUUCUGAUUCAUGGGGAGUCUCCCUCCUAGACGAGGACGUGGACUGGGAAGAGUUUUUCUGCUCUUCUCCAAAGACUGUAAAUAGUGGUGGCAGAAAAACCCGAACAUUCUCCAAUAAACCUGCCAGUAACACACACUCCAUCACCAUUUCCACACCCAUUAUUCAGCCAUUUCCCACCAGCAUGGGGGCCCAGUCCACGCCCACACCAGUGCCAGCUCCCAGGAGGAGGGCAGCUGCGACCCGGUCUACCUCCACACCUGCUUCUGUUUCUCAGGUGGGGGGGACUGGUGUCCAGCCACCUUCCGUGCCCGUCCCAGCGCCCAGGCUGAGGGCAGCCAGAACCCAGCCUGACCUCCCUAGAGACUUGGAAGAGCUAACCGGUUCACCUGCUACGUCACCACUUCCUCCAACUCCUGACCCAGCCUUUCACGCCCUCGCACUAUCCCUAGUUAGAUUAGCUGAACUGUCCCCUGCCCAGGCACCAGCCUUACUAGCCCAAGCCGUAAUUUUAUCCCCGUCACUAGCUCAGUCUGUAGCUCAGCCAUUAGCCACACCAACCUCAGCUCCGUUGUCAGCCUCGCCUACCUCUGUUCAUCCCUUAGCAUCUCCACUCCAGUCAGUUCCCUCACCUGCUGUUCAGCUUUCACUCCAGUCAGUUCACUCACCUGUAGCUCAGCCUGCUCCUCUCCAGUCUUCUGUAGCUCAGUCCCCUGUCCAGUCAGUCCAGUCUGCUCCUGUCCCCCAGUCGCCCGUCCUCCAGCCUGUCCAGUCUGUCGUUCACUCUUCUGUAGUCCAGUCUGCCGCCCAGUGCCCUGUAGUCCAGUCGCCUCCUGUUUCCCAGUCGCCUGUCCACCAUCCCGUUCAGUUCCCAGACCUGCAGCCACAGCACCCAGAGCCAGCUGUGAGCUCUCCAGCUCCUCAGCCAGGGGUUUCCGCACCCGCUGGCCCGGCCGCUCCUCAGCCAGGGGUUUCCGCACCCGCUGGCCCGGCCUGUCUCCAGCCAGAGGCUUCAACUUCGCCCGUUCAGGCCUCUGCCUCAGCGCCCUUACGUCCCGUCGGCCCAUGCCUCAGCGCACUCGUCCUCGUCCUGGCCCAGCCUCAGAGCCUUCGUCCUC